AUCACCCGAUCCUGUGCAACGGCGUUUGCAGCCUACAGCCUGUUCUCUUCUGUCCUCUCUCCUCCCAACAUAAGCCGUCACCCUUGAGUGACUCACUCUGUGAGGGAGUGUCACUGAUUCACUGAGGGAGUGGCCCUCACCGCCUUCGGCCGACCGACUGUGAUUGCGGCUGGCUCUCGCGCAGCACCAGCAGCUGACUUUUUUGCCCUCUCGCCCUCCUUCCUUGUCGCACAGACCAAGCACACCUGCAGCAUCAGCAGCACACAUCUAGGUGUUUGGUGACUCUCUGCGGUGCCUGCCGGGGCGGCUGACUGGGUGUGGCGACUGAGGCGAGGCGUUGGUAUCUGUGAGUGUUGGCUGAUGACGGCUGCGCCGGGUUGUUCGGUCUGCUUCACCUGCCUGGAUUGCUGCGCCGCGGCGGAGAAUGAAUGACUGCAAACUCUUCAUUGGCAGCAUUCCCAGAAACGUCACUGAGGUACAGGACACACAGACACGCAGGCAGUCGGGGAGGGAGGGAGGGAGACGUCGCAUAGGAGGGGGAGACGGGCGGGCUGCCGGGUUUGUGUGGCGGGGCGGGGCGGUUUGUGUGUAAUAGGAGGUGAUUCGUUGUGAGUUUUCGAAGAUCGGUCCCGUCGUCAACAGCUUUUAUAUGCCCGAUAGCAGCUCGUCCACUGGCAGUCGCGGGUGGGCCUUCGUCACGUACACCAACAAGACACACAGCCAACAGGCUAUCGCCGCCUUCAACAACAAGCUCAUACUGGGUAAGGUAGACAGCACCCAAGCCACAGACAGACAGACAGACAGACAGACAGGCUGACGAGCCAUCAUCCCUCUCUCCCCUUUCCCUCCCUGGGUGUCAUCAGGAGACACUCAGAAGCCCGUAGAGGUCCGGUACGCCGAGAGCAAGCCCGGCCGUCGCCCGUCAUCACAAGAGAUCUUCACGUCACCCAAGCCAGGCGAAGCCCUGUCGACAGCCAACAUGCCUGAAGGAGCAGCGCCCGGUGCAGGAGUGACUGGGGGUGGGUAUCGCGGCAGCCCGCAGGCCAGCGGCGGAGGCGCCGUCAUCGGCAACCCGGCGCUAGGUGAGUGAAGAUAAGACAUCACACGCAGAACCGUGUCUGUUGAUGUGAUGCCUUUGGUGUAUGUCUAUCUGUGUGUCAGGGAUGUCUCUGGGUAUGGGCACGGCGUUGGUGAGCACUGACUACAGCAGCCCCCCCAACCCCGCCGCCCACUCGCAUCACGGUCACUCGUUCCACCACCCCGUCUCGGGCGCCAUCGGAGGCCCCACCCACCCGUCCCACCCCCACGCACAGCCCCACUCGUCGGUGAGGUCGUCCAUGGCGUAUCCCGGCCCCACGCCCGCAAGCGCCAACCCGCCACAGGCCAACACGCCCUAUGGGCUGCCCCACGUGUUCCCCCACCCCCACCACCCCCACCACGCGUCAUCAAGCCCUGUUGCUGCGGGGCCGCCGGGCAGCGGGCCUGGCCAUGGCCAGGGGCACAUGGCCCAUUGGAUGGAGUACUUCACCAACGACGGCGCCGCUUACUACUACAACGUGCAGACGGGACAUACACAGGUAGGCGAGCUGACAACAUCUGUGCCAGGCACAGCACGAACGAUCGUGUGUCCCUCCCUCUGCCGUUCCCUCCUUGUCUGUCUCUUUUGUGUCAGUGGGAGCGUCCGGCUGAUUUUGACGUCUACAGCCGCCCCGUGCCGUCUCUGCUGCAGCCCGGCAACACACGAAUGGGCAUGACGCCCAACGGCCACGUCCCCAUGACCUACAGCAUGGCCGCCGCCAUACCCAACCCCAACGCUCCCUCACCACACAUGGCCAACGCCGCACAGGACCAACAGCAGCAGCAGCAGCAGCAGCCAGGUGGUGGUGGUGGUGGUGGCAGCGGUGGCGGUGCGGCAUCUGUGUCUCAGGGCAGCAACGGGAGCGGCAGUGGGGGCCCCGACAUGGGUCAGCACUUCAUCGAGAACCGUGGGGGCUGCAACCUCUUCAUCUUCCAUAUCCCAUCCGACUGGACCGACAGCGACCUCGUCCAGGUCAGUCAGUUACUCAGCCGUCCACACGCAGGGCACGCCCCAUACACCCACCCAUACACACAACACAGCCUCUCUAAAAUGUGUCUUCCUUCCUCCCUCUCUGCAGCAUUUCCAGCACUACGGCAACAUCGUGUCGGCCGUGAUAGCCCGGGAGCGCGACACCGGCCGCAACAGGGGCUACGGGUUUGUGUGCUUCGACACGUCCCACGCGGCCCUCAACGCCAUCCAGGGGAUGAACGGCUUUGCCGUCGGCGGCAAGCGGCUUACCGUGCAGCUCAAGCAGACGUCGAUCCGCAGGAACCAAAACAACGGAGGAGGGCAGAGCGGCAAUAAGACACCCGGCGGACCGUCGCGAGAGUCGUCCAACCGUUAGACAGACACACACACAGACACACACACAUGCACACCACACCAUACGUACCCGAGAUCCACAUACCUAUGUCGCCAUAGCCAGCCACUGACUGCAUAGCAUAGCAUUGCAUCGCCUUGGUUGAUAGAUACGUGGUUGGUACCUAGUGCACACGUGCCUGCCUGCCUGCCUGCGAGCGUGCGUGCGUGCAUAUGGGCGGGCGGGAGGGAGGGUCAGAUGGGUGGGUGGAGGGGAUGGGUGAGAGAGUAUCAAUCAUAUCAGUCAGUGAAUUGAGUCACUACAGUCGCUGCACUUCGCUUCUAUUGUGUGCCUACUGCCUGCCUGCCCGGAUGGAUGGAUGACCAGAAACUGGCAACUCUACGCCGGUCGGGGUCGAUGGAUGGAUGGAUGGGCGGGGUCGCAGAAGGGCAAGGGCUAUGAUUGCCUGCCUACACAGUGAGUGGGUCGGCAGCUUGCUUUCCUCUCCUAUCGAUUUGGCUGGGGAGGGAGGGGGGUAAAGGGAGGAGAGAACCAGUAUACACAUACACAUACACACACGCUCACUCUCCACACAAAACAUCCACACACACACACACACACACACAAGCGCGUGAUACGUAUUUCAAUGCCCAAGCAGUGCGUGUGCGGGUGUCCAGAUCGUCGCCUCCCUGCCUACUACUUUUUUUCUCGGAUGAGCAGAUGGAUGGAUGGAUGGAUGGACGAGUGGACGGAUCAUAUCGCUGUGCGUUGCGUGCUUGUGUGCCUACAAUGGGCAAUCUGCCGUGCCUUGAAAGAUAAGACAGACAGCUAGCACAGUGAAUGAUAUGCCGUAACAAACACCCACCCAUCUCUCAUUCAUUCACCCAGGGGCUGGGGCGGGCUGCCCGAGUGAUGUGAUGAUGGGUCAGGUCAAUGGCUUGAUCGUUCGUGUGUGUGUUGAUUGAUUCAAUCGAUGGAUGGGGGCUGGGGCGGCGGGUCACCAAGGUGCGUGCGGUGCAUGGCAUGACUGCAUGGCAUGACAUGAUGGGUCUGUCUCCCUCGGUGUGUGUUACUUACGUUACUUACGUGUACGUGUGGGCCGGCGUGUGUGCGUGGAGGGCUUUAUUUGUUCAUGUCGGUCCAUCCAACCAACCGCACACCGCCGGCCGCCCUUCCUACUAUCCAAUCCACACUCAUUAUUCAUGUGUGUCUAUCUGGCUGUCCAUGAGUGUCGUGAUGCGUUCGUUGGUAUGGAUGGAUGUUCGUUUGUAUGCGUGUAUGUCUGUUUGCGAGGAUCUCGUUCGUUCGUCUGUCGGUCCGUCCCUUGCUGUCUCUCUCUCUCUGGUAUGGGUCUUGCGGUGCGGGUGUCUGUCGUCGUUGACGUCAUCGUGCGUUGCUACGUCGUCACCCUCCUGCGUCCCGCAGCACCGACGUCUCAAUGGCAUUGACAGAGCAGCACGUGAAGGCAGUUAGCUGCGACACACACACGAAGGCAGGCGCGGGUGGGUCGGGCGAAGGAGCAGCAAAGGCACACUCAGACACACUCGGAUUGGACUGAUGGAGGGGAGGGGAGAGGAUCACAUGAAUUGCAUGGGAUGGAUGAUGGGGAGAGGGGGCGGGGGCGGGCGGGGGGGACACUCGCCUUGUCGUGCCGUUGGUUUGAGGGCACAUGCCUGCCUGCCUGCCUGCCGCUUCGCCUGACUCACUCACACACUUCCGGAGUAGACUAUAGAUAGCAUUGAUUGAUUGAUUGAUUCCUUGCUUCCUUCCUCGCUUGCUUAUUGGUCCAUAGUGCAACUACACUUCUCUCCACCAUGCCAUGAUGAUGCAUUGCAUUGCGUUGCGUUGCGUUGCGUUGCGUUGCGUUGCGUUGCAUACUUACAUAACAUAAUACACACAUACAUACGAAGACACUCACUGCUCAGUAGAUAGAUACAUAACUACAUACAUACGCCGUUACACACAUUCGCACCUCCCUACUUGUCUUUCUGUCUGUCUGUCUGUCUUGCUGGCGAAUCGCCGGUUUGGUUGACCGUCCCCUCAUCUCAUCUCAUCUCGCCUCUCUUCGCCCGAUCCGCCUGGCUGCCUGGCUGCCUGAGUGUGUGCGUCUGUCUACCAAUGGUGAGUGAGCUGUGUCGCCCGCUUCUUCUAUUGCAUCAUUCACAUGACAUCCAUCACAUUACAUGACCUACCUACCUACCUGGUGUUCUAAUUGAUCCCUCGAUGCACGCCACCAUGCCAAUACACACAGUACGUUCGCAAGAUAGACGCUGCUGCAAGUAGGCAGGACUCCGGCUGGGUGGCUUGCUGGCUGGCUGGCUGGCUGGCUGGUUUUUAUAACGACUCACGACAGUCACUCUCACUCACUCACUCAGUCUCACUGACUCACGCACUCAGUCAGUCUAUCUAUCUAUUUCUCUAUCGCAUGACUUGUACGAGAUGGUGGCGGGGCGUCCACUCGCCUUCGCUCCCAGGCUGAUGCUUACGAACUCUGGCUGACCUUCACAGUCGAUUUGCGCCAAGCUCUCGCCUCUCCCUCCCCUUCAGCCCUUCCAUAGAGUUUUGAGCAGGUGGCUCCCCCUCUCCCUCUCCCUCUCCCUCCUUCUCGAUCUCCCUUUGUCUCUCUACCUGAGUGUGCGUGCUGACAUUUUUCCGGGGCCCGUCGUGAUUGUUCCCUGAUCCCCGCUGGCCGAGUUGUGUGUGUAUCCAUGUGUGUGUGUGUGUGUGUGUGUGCGUUGUGUGUGUGAGUGUGUGUCCCCCUCCUGCAACCAACCCGUCCCCUCUUUGUUACGCCAGCCCGUCCCAUCUUUGUUAACUAGCCCCUGUCUGCCACUGUGGAGUGCCUCACUCACCUGCCUGACUCUGCCUGUCUGCCUGUCUGCCUGUCUGCAUGCUUGACUGACGACUGAAUGGAAUGAGUGAGCGUGUUAAGUAAGGAUCGGUGGGUGCUACGAAUAGACUACGCACGCCAGUUUUUCUACCGUCAUCUACUCUAGCUACGGGUAAGGAAAGUUUAAGUGGGUUUGUGGCACAGCCUGAUGGCUGGAUGAAUGAGUGGCUUGAGGGAUAUGACUGGGGGCCCUGCCGGGGCGUGGGUGACCUUUUUUCUCUCUUGGUGGGUGCGUGGGUGCGUGGGUGCGGCUGUCUGUCUGUCUGCAGGGUGAAGGAAUAUUAUCAAGGGCACCAUGAGAGUGUGUGUGUGUGAGUGUGUCCGCGUGUGUAUGGAAUCUAAGUAUUGCUCUGGCGUACAUGUGUGCUUGCCAUCGUGUGCACGUCCCUUUUGUUUAGUGCAGCUGCCUUGCCUUGCCUUGCCUUGCUUUGCUUUGCCUCACCUCGUCUCCUCUCGUCUCACUCACCGCCUCCGCACCACUCACUCACCCCCGCCCUUUUGUCUGUCUUUCCGACCCACUCACUCACCUCACCCAUCUCUGUCCAGUGUAGUGCACUGUCAUCCACCAUACGUAAACACAGCAAUGAAUGCACCCUACCCAUCGAUGCAAUCAAUCAAUCACAUGACUGGCCAACGGCAGAGACAGCGACGACAGGCAAGGCAGCUGGCUGCAUCCGGCGGGGCGAGGUGGGGCGAGGCGAGGCGGGGAGGGACGGGUUCUCUUCUCUCUCCUCUCUCACUGCCUUCCCUGGUCUAGUCUUAUCUCUCUUAGCUCGCCCGACUUUCUUGCGUACUGUAGAUUGGGAGGGGGGGGGGGGGAGGAGGGGGGGCUGACACACUGACUGACUGACUUGUGUGCAUGGACUCACUCACUCACUGAGUGGACCCAACUUUGAUGGGUCGAUCUAUCGGCAUGGUGGUGUUUGUGUCAGUCAAUUUGAAGCUACCUACCUACGUGUGCACGGUGCGUGCCUGCCUGCCUGCCUGCCUACCUGAGUGUGAGAGACAGUCUGCUUGUCUGUGUGCGGGCGGGGAAGCGAGCGAGCCUUUUUGAGUCCACCCGAACUGACUGACUGACUGAUGACUGCUGCAUAUAUAUGCGCUGUGAAAUGAGUGUGUGUGCGUGUAUGGGGCGGUUGACUUUCGUGCGAACGCAGAUAGAAUGACUCGUUGAAUGGUUACUUGCUUGUGUGUUGCUCGGGGGUCGAACCUUCCUACUCCGCACCGACCGCACUGGCUAUUGAUUGCAUCUGUGUGUGUCUCUACAUGUGUGUGUGGCUAUUUGAGACUGACUGAUUGACUGAGUGACAUGAGAGAUUUUGCACCGCAUCCCAUCCAUCCAUCCAUCCACGUAUGGCUUACCCUUGCUCACAUCCCUGACAGACACAAACCAGAGGCAGACUGGCAGGGAGGGCCCCUGUGCCCGCAUUCACAGCUUGACGUGCUGUGUAUGCCUAAUUGAUUCGACUGACUCCACUCCCUCGCCCACUCACUGACUGAUGCGUACCUACCUGCCUACCUACCUGCAUGUUCAUGUCAUGAGAGGGAUGAUACCAUCCUCCAUACCGCUAGGAACCUGGUCAAUAUGAUGAUGAUGCUAUUAUGACGCGAUCGAUCCAUUGAUGGAGUGAGUGGGUGAGGGAGGGGCAUACCGGUUGGUAUGCGCUCACUGCACGAAGCCAGCCCAGCCCAGCCCAGCCCCUCAAAAAGGCGUGUCAGCUCCUCUCGUCUGUCCUCUUUGUCUAGCCAGCUGUCGACAAGUCACAUGGGUGCAGGAUUCCUUCCUACUGAGUGAGGUGGUUGGUGCCGGCGACACAUUCAGACAUACAUGAAGAGAUGAAACUGACUGACUGACUGACUGCGUGCACGAUUUUUCGACUGCCUGGGCGUUGACUGAUGUCGGGCUUUGAAUUUUGCUAAUCUUGUGGUGUGUGUGGUUGGUGUGUUAUGUGCCUCCUGCGUGCCGUGCCCAUGAGAUCGAUCGGCAGUGUGUGGUGUGUGUGUGUGUGUGGUUUGGUGUUUUGUCGAAGAACAAACAAGGGAAGGGGGCCAGUUUUGUGAUUCGGUGAUUCACUUGCUCGUCCACCCACCCACCCGGUUCUCUGUCUGUCUGCCCACCUGCCUCCCUGUUAUCGCUCUGUGCACCACACAAACCACACACACACACCACACACACCACACACACACACCACACACACCACACACACACACAGAGAGAGAGAGAGAGACCCGCCUUCUCUUGUUUGUCUGCGCGAUUCCGCCGUUCGUACUUGCGUAUGUGUGGACACAUCACAUACAUGACGUGACGUGACGUGACGGACACAAGACCCCAAAACAGCCGUAAGAACGGGCCGGGCUGUCCCACUUGCUCGAUGAAUGCCUUCUCCUCUAUCUGUUUGUCCGCUAGCUAUGCUGUGCUGUGCUACCUCACUACCUUCCUACCUUCCUCCUUUACCUCCUUGCUCUUUGUUAGUCUACGCGCGCAGCUAGUGGGUGGAUGAGUGCACUCAAUGCCUCCAUGUCAUGUGUGUAUGUGUGUAUGUGCCUCCCUCGCCGACGGCAGUGCAGCUGCCUUCUACUGCCUCCCUCCAUUCCUGACCUGCAUGACAUGAACACGUGGAUGUGUGAGCCGUGUAAGUAUUACCAUGACCAUGAUGGGUUCUAUGCACUGCUCUGCUCUGCUGCGCCCGGACUAGCCAGAAGCCUACGUAUCGGUACAUAGCAAUCCCUGGUUUUAUUCCGAGUGAGGUCAGUCAGUGAGCAUACCAUAGCUGCCCCUCUGACUGCAUGUGCCCGCCAGAAACGGGGCCCUGCCGUGCCUGCACACAACCAAAGGCAAGCGGUGGUCGAACCGAAAAAAGCUGGCGUGGCACGUGCAGGUGGGCGGGAUGGAUGGAUGGAUGGUUGGCGGGCUGCUAUGCUAGGGGCGGGCGGAUGCUGAUUGUCGGUUUUGUACGUACCAGUGCACUACACUCCACUCUGCUCAACUGCAUGCCACUCACUUGCUUGCUUAGGUACCUGACUGACAUCCAUGUCUUGUCUUGCCUCGCCUUGCCUCGUUGUCUCCGUGUCUUAUCGGUUUAUUUGUCGAUCGAUCAACCGCCAAUUGCAUUGCAUGCACACUUCCUUCCUGCCUUCCAUGGGUGGGCGGAUGGAGAGAGAAC